AUGUCAGAUCGAGAGUUCAGUUCAAACGAUGACCUUUCGCUUCCUAAAGCGACGGUCCAAAAAAUCAUUACAGAAAUUCUUCCUCCCUCAUCCGGCCAGACCUUCUCCAAAGAUGCGCGCGACUUACUCAUGGAAUGCUGCGUCGAGUUCAUUACCUUGAUCUCAUCCGAAGCGAACGAUAUCAGCGAGAAAGAAGCCAAGAAGACCAUUGCUUGUGAGCAUGUAGAGAAGGCACUCCGGGAUCUUGGAUUUGGCGAUUAUAUUCCAGAUGUGCUUGCAGUUGCAGAGGAACACAGGGAGCAGUUGAAGUCCCGGGAGAAGAAGCAGAGCAAGAUGGAACAGAGUGGGCUCUCAGAGGAAGAAUUGCUCCGGCAACAACAGGAACUAUUCCGGUCCGCAACAGAGAAAUACAAUGCAGGCCCCGAGUAA